AUGGCUUCAUAUCAUAAAAAUGUAAGAAUUGCUUAUGAAAAUCGAAAAAAUAUCGGCAAUACAGGAACAGUGUUACAGUUUUUAUGGUACAUAAUGAUUACAGUCUCCCGAAUGUUGUCUUUUAGUUUAGCUGCUAUAAUGUGGCCACAGUCAACUAGUAUUUUUUGUAUGGUUCAUUGGCUCUUAAUGCCAUUGUGUAUUUUCAAAUAUCAGAACGUAACAUUUUGUAUGCCAUCCGACCAAUCUGAAGAAAGUAGAAUCAUGAGAUUUUUUUCAAGAAUACUCGGUCUUGUCUACAUUUUUACUUAUUUAUCACCCAGUGAAGGCCAAGGGAAUUCAAGAAAUCGUUACUUAGGGUAUUAUGGAGUGUUCCUAAGAGAAAAUGUAGCUGCAGUUACUAUUUGGGCUAUCACUGGUCCGGAUCAAAACUAUUGGUACUACUAUCCGCUGAUGAUAUGUUCGAUAACACCAUUUUUUGUUGGAAUUUUGUUUAUGACAAUAUAUUACAAAUUUUUCCAUCCUCAUACAAUCAUAUCUCUUACAUAA